GAGGAAGAGGAAGACGAGCGUUGAUAGAAACCUGAACGAUUGUCGUUCACACAAACAGACGCAGCUGAUCGACAGCAGAACGUCUGAAAGGAAACGAGUCGUCAUGUCCGUCGACUGAUGCUGAUCCUUGUUCUGACGUCAGGUUCAAACAGCUGGAACUGAUCCACACACCUGAUGACAUCAUGAGCCGGUGGCGUCAUUCAGUGGACGAGCUGGCAGCGCGGCGCCGACAGCAGGGCGAGUGUGAGCGUGCUCAGGAGGCUCUCAGUCGGGUCACUUCCUGUUUCCAACAGCUGGCAGCGUCGCUUGGCAGCUCAGCUGACUGCAGCUUCCUGAGAGACGAGAUGGACGAGACGAGAGCGCUCGCUCACCGGAUCUGCUGCGGUCUGUCGCGGCGUCUGAUGCGUCUGCUGUCGGGCAGUGACUCCCCCCCCUCGGAGGACAGACAGGUGUCGGAGCGUCUCUGGGUUCUCUUACUAUCAGCGCUGGAGAACUUCCUGUCUGACCUCUGUAAAGCGAGUGAUCUGAUUCGACAGUUCCCUCUGACUCAGCGCUACGACAGACGCUUGUUGGUUAACACAGGGUGCAUGGAUGGUGUGGUGGGCGUGGCCGCUCGGGUGGCAUUAGUCCAGGUGCCAUGGCUCACCUUAGAGGAGGAGUCAAGUCCUGAUCUCACCAAUCACAUCGCUGGACUGGAGACGAUGCUGAGCGAGAUGCAACUGAGGGUGCCCGUUGCAUUUUGGUCUGUGGAGGCGACUCAGCCGGCCUGGGUCGAAGGUCGCGGGGAGGUGGACGAGCCAAAUGACACCCUGGAGGAUCUGAUGGAGGUCGAGGUCGUUGCCAACAACAUGGCCGCCUGCUGCGGACUGGGCUGUGUUGGGUAGAAGAGGGGGGGAUUCAACUCAUCUUUAUUCAUACAAACAGGAAGCAGAAUUAUUAUCAACAAAUCGUUGUCAAUGACCACUGACAUGUCAUCGCUGACGAAGAAUCAGUUUCAUGUCUGUUCAAACUAAGUGCUCUAUAUUUUAAACCAUACAAUAAAAUGAAGUUACAACAGCAA